GUAAAUAGUAUGCAUAAAAAUGUUCUUAAAACUGAUAAUAAUAGCUCUUUUUGAUUUAAUUGCUGCAAGGAAUAUUCAUGUCUUGAUGACUGAAGUAUUUGAAAUAGUGGUGGAUCCAUCGAUGUUUAAUUGGACCCAUGAAGGAAUUAAAGAUCAGUAUGUUUAUCAAGCAUCUCUUUUAAAUGCCCCUGACUUACCAUCAUGGAUGAAUUUUGUAUAUAGUAAAAAAAAUCAUACAGGUAUUUUGUAUGGGGUUCCCCCAAAUAUGCCCAACACAAAAAUUCCCUUAGAAAUAAUUGCCCUAAAUAAAAAAAAUUACGAAACGAGGAUAGAAACACUGAAUGUGAUCAUCUUGAAUAAAAGAAAACCAGCUAGGUAUGAAGUGAACAUCAAAAUAGAUAAUUUGAAUGUCGAGGAUAUGUUUAAUGUUAAUCGGACUGAUGCUUUGAAGGGUAUUUUUCGAGAAAAACUCUGGAAAGGUAGCGGAGGCGAUUUAUACAUUACUUUCCUUAGUUCGGCAGUAGAAUUAGGUGCACGAAAACCUUUGGUUCCUGGCAAGGAAGAGGGGGUGGUUGUUCGUUUGGGAAGUUAUGAGGAAUUUUCCCCAGAAUUGCUCAAACUGCAAGAAGAAGUUAGGCCGUUAUGGAAAUUAGGCUCUUGUAACUUCAAACGAACUUCCGUUCAAAUAAUUUUCAGGGACAAUGGCUUUAACCUUGAUUGGUGCUUUUUCAGGCUGAUGUAUAACAACAAUUCUGAUCUGAAUCAACCGGGAGCAAAUGAAAAACUGUCAAGUUUAGAAGAGAAUAAUUUGUUACAUGAUCACUGGAAACCAGUUUCCAAGUCCGAUCUACCAAAAAGAAGUUAUUCUCAGGAGUUACUCGUUUCAAUAUUAGUUCCGUUGUUAAUUAUGUUGGUGUUAGCCUCAACGUUAUCGUUCAUUCUGUGUCUUCACCAUGACGAUCUAGAAGACGAAGGAAGUGAAGAAUUCUUCGGUAACUUAUUUCACAUUUGUACUGAUUAUUAUUACAACUAUUACAUUUACAGGAAAAGCCCAGACGAUGUCCCAUCGGAAGAAACAAAUCAAUUCACGACCAUCCAGAGAGCAACGGAAUCCAUCCGCAGCUUCUCAAAAAAUAGGGACUUGAGCAUGUCCCCAGAUCCAAUGCUACUUUCUCGCAGCCAGACAAACAGCCCUACGUCCACCAUAAGUCGUGGCGUUCACUGCAGACCAAGCCCACCACCAUACGUACGGCCAAAAUUCAAGCCCGAGUUGUGACAAACGGAAACGGAGGAGAAAACCUGGUACUGCUGAAGCUAAUGCCACAUCAAAAGAUUUUUGGCUUUGUAGGGAAGGUGUUUAGAAGCGUAUUAUGAUGUAAGUCGUCUGAAUUUUUUGCAUUCUGUUGAAAUCAUCAGAAUUUUAUUUGGGUGUUCAAGUUUAUACGUACAGGUCAACAGGAACAAGUUUAAGAGUGAGGUACAGGAGUAAAUUUACAAACAGAGAAGUGAGAACGCAUUUAGAAAGAACAAGAGUGUGACACAAAUUGCUCGAAUGGUGUAUGGGCCAUAUGUUCUAGGCAAGGGCUCUUUCUCUCUGGAAAACUGCUUGAUCUUUUGAAUGUACUGACAUCUUGAUGUCCAUUUGUCAGAAGAAAAAGAUGAAAAAAUACAUUGCACCUCUCCGACAUCUGAGGCUGUCGGCGCCGAAUAGGUCCGGCAUCGGUGGUUCCUCUGGCUAGCUCAUCCAUAAAUCUUCUAGCAUGGUGUGAGGCCAUCUUUUCAACUCUUUAGAACUUGGAUCCUCUUCCUCCUCCUCUUCCGAUUUCUUUAAGUGUAGGGCAAAGCCUUAUUUUAGCUAAUUAUAAGCGUGGGGCAAGGUCCCGUGUUAGUUUAUUGAAGUAUGGGGCAAAGCCCUCUUUUGGGUUACGAAUUCCUUUUUGAAUAGCACUUUUUACAGGCUGCGUGACAUAUCGUGACCAGAUUUAAGUCCGGAUGAUAUGGAGGUCUUAAUACAUUGUGGCCUUUGUCACCCAGAAUCUUGUCAAUAAUGCAAGUUUUAAAGUUGGUUUGUAGAAUUUAAUGAAGCUGUAUAAUUUUGGCCUUAAGCAUAUUUUCGAUGAAAGGAAAAUUUCUUCAGGUAAAUCAUUUUUUCAGAACUUCUUUCCGAGAACUCAAAUUACGACAUUUCUCGCUUUGAACAUGUAAUGUCGAUUAUACACUUCUAAAUAGCAAGUUAAAUAUAACUUUCUCUUCAGCCAUUUUUUUUUAAAUUCAUUGUCAACGUUGUAUUUCCAGUCCUGCUUUUCUAUUUGAAUGAGGUUUUUAUUCCCGGUAUUUAUACUGUGCCUUCGAGAUCGGUUGAUACAAGCCUAAGUUUGUUUUAUCACUCCAUGCUUUAUCGUGCAUAUGUGAGGAACGAAUAUCGGAUGAUUUCCCUCAUAAUAACAUUUGAGGCUUCUUAAAUACUGUUGUUGUUACUGAAUAUCUGGUUCUUCCAUCAAAAGUUUCCGAUGAGACAAAUUUUAAAUUUAUGUAUUUUAAAGUGGGUACAAUUCUAUUAAAAAAUCAAUUACUUGUUGACAAAGAACUACUAUGUCGCCAUAAAGACGGUUUUUGGCGCCUAGUUCUUCCUUUUGUUUGAUGAGUGUUUCAAAACCACCUUAUUUGCCUUGCUUUUCUAUUUGAAUGAGGUUUUCAUUCCCGGUAUUUAUACUGUCCCUUCGAGAUCGAUUGAUACAAGCCUAAGUUUGUCUUAUCACUCCAUUGCUUUAUCGUACAUAUGCGAGGAACGAAUAUAGGUUUCAUCUAUAAAAAUUAUUGGAUGAUUUCCCUCAUAACAUUCGGGGCUUCUUAAAUACUGUUGUUGUUGCUGAAUAUCUGGCUUUUCCAUCAAAAAUUGCCGAUGACACAAAUUUUAAAUGAAUGUGUUUUAGAGUGGGUACAAUUCUAUUAUAAAAUUAAUUACUUGUUGACAAAGAACUCCUAUGUUGUCAUAAAGACAGUUUUUGGUGCCUAGUUCAUCCUUUUUUUUUGACAAGUGUUUCAAAACCACCUCACUCGCCACCCUGAAUCUUUUUCAUUUAUUUUGCAAUGUUUUGAAGACUAUGCAAGGUCCGUGACAAGUUGAUUUGCUUUCCCUACAAACUUGAAGGGAACUGCAUGCAUGCAACUGCAUGAAGUGAAUUACAUUUGCAUUCAUCUGUCAUGUUUAGCCACUUUAGAUAUAAAUUCUAUAACGAUGAAACUGUUUACGGCUUGACAGUUUAUAGGAAACUGAUGGCACACAAAAUAAAUAUACCUAAGGGUGCUAGGUACUAACUAAUGGGGUCGCUUUUUAGAGAUCAUGCAGGCACUCUUGCCAGGAUGUUCAGCUCACGUUUGUGGGCGGGUCCAACUCAUCGUCAGUCUUAUUGCUGUUGACCUGUACCUCGCUCUAAGUCUAUGAUAAUACUUACCCCUCUUCUACUUAUAUGAAUUUUUACCAGUUUAAAUACUCAUCACAGCAUGGAAUAUAUAAUGGAGAAUAUAUUAGAGAGAUAAAUAGAGAAUAUAUUUCAAGUACUUUAAUAAAAAAAAGAGCUGAAGAUUUUGACUGUAAACUUUGAAAGAAUGGAUAUCACAGCAACAAUAAUAUUGAAUCAUUUAAAAAUCAAACAGUAGCAUUAGCAAAUUUUCUGAACGACAAUAAUGUUUAAAUGUAUGUGUAACAUUUUUUUGUAGA